UGGGAUACCAAAGCCUGGGCGUGGACGUGCUUUCAUUUAAUGGUUUAUACAAGUGAAUAAAUUGGUUUCUCCGUUGGAAUCUAUCAACUCCAUUCAAAAUCCCACAAUCGCGUUGAUGGCAUUUCACACUGGACCAGUUGGGCACAACUAUUCACUCUCUUCAUACUCGGCAUUGUGGCCUGGGUAACCGCCUGGACUCAUAUGGAUGAACAAUGUCAACUGUGUGCACUUGUCUUCAAAAUUGAUAAACAACUGCGCGAAUUUGCCGAAAUCGAAUUCGACUACAAGCUACUACGCAAACGACUAUUCUACCAAUUGGGCUUAGAGCUGCUAAUUGCAUUUCCAUUAUCGAUGGUCAAUUGCAUGAUCAUACAACCGACAACGACUUUAUUUCUACCCAUCACAGCCUGCUAUUGGUUCAUUUGUGUUGCGCCCAUCAGUCUGCUUAUCUUCAAACAGUUUCAAUUCUACAAUCAAAUGUACAUAUUGAAAACGAAAUUCGAACUGAUAAAUUGUAAGUUGAGUAGAUUCAAUCGCAAUGGUGUACUUGCCAUGGCGCGCAGGCGUAUAUUGACAGUGCGAAAAAUAAAUUCAGUUAGUGAAAUUCCACUGACAGCGGUGCCGAUUUCUGCAGCACACAGUGAAUCGGUGGCCCUGGAGGAGCCUAAUGUGGAAAUCUUACAAAAUUUACUAAUGAUUUAUUCCAGUAUUAGCGAUGGUAUUGAUUUGGUGCUCCGCAUUUUCGCCUGGCAUUUGCUGGCUAUCACCGCCGUAUCCUUUGGCGUCAUCACCAUACAGAGCUACAAUUUGUUCAUUCUGAUGACGCAUUCUCUAGCCUUGCCAACACAUCACGUCUUCUUCAUUAUAGCUUGGAUACUGGUACAAGUAAUGGCGAUUGCGAUGAAUGUGCGUAUAUGCAGCAGCACCUCAAGAACGAUGGAUGCCACUGUUUCGCUGCUGCAUAAAAUGCGUUGUUCAUCGAAUGCGGCGCCAAAUGCAUGCGUCUUCUAUCAGAUGCUGCAGCUCUUCUCAAUGGAAGUUUUGCAAAGGAAACGGAAUUUCAACGCGGCUGGCUUCUUCGAUAUGGACUACAAGCUCAUCACGUCGAUUUUUGCAUCUGUUACUACGUAUCUGGUGAUAAUUAUCCAAUUCCAUUUUACUAGCGUCCCAGAUGGCCAUUUUGCAAAUCAUUCAGUUUAUUGAACAAACUAUAUUGACAAAUACAAUUGGAAGUUAUG